AUGAGCUUGCGAUGUGGAGUCGUCCUCCGCCCGUGGUCCGUCCAUGGCUCCCCAGUGAUCCCUUGCCGGACGGGUUUUCCCUCCGUGGUGGCCUUCAACCAUACGCGGCACCGCCUCGUGGGUUCCGACCAGCUGCGGAUUCAGCUGGACCAACUGCGCGUCGAGGCCGAGAUCACCCGCUCAAAAGCAAAUAAUGCACGAUUGAGGCUUAUGCGUCUUACAGAGGCAGCUGAAAAUCUCCAAAAAACAGCUGCUAAAAGCAUCCAAGUCGGUAAGGAAAAUGAAGCAAGGGAAUUGCUAAUACAAAAGAAGAAGUUGUUGCAAGCAUUGGAGAAAUCAAAGAAUCGAAUUGAGGUGCUUGACAAACUUUCAGCAAAGGCGAUUUCUCUAAAGGAAACACAACUAAUUGGACAAGUUGCCAUUCCACCUGUAGAUAACCAGUUGGACUCUCACCAACAAAUUCAUUUCAUCAGCCCAAAUGAAGAAACUUAUGAAAAAUCCAGUUCAGGAAGUUCAGAGACCUUGCUCAAGCAUAUGUUUGAACAAAUUGAUCUGAAACUUUGUUCGGUAGAAGCUGACAUAGAUAAUUUCUUAAGCGCCCAAACAGAAGAAAGCAAAGAAGUGCAGGUGAAUGCAAAACUAGAGUUAUGUGAGAUUCUGAAGGAUGUACUCCGCAUCAGAGAAAAGUAA